AUGACGACCACUGCACCAGAACUAUCUAAAUCAGAUUUUUUUGAUUUUGUAACUUCAAAUGAAAUAACUGAUGCUCAAUAUAAGCAGCAAAUGCGAUCUGUUAAUGUAUUUAUGGAAUCGCCUGAUUCGAGAUCAAAUCCAUUAUUGUCUGAAGACCCCAAAGAACCCAACAACAAUAAUCUGCUGAGUGUAACCAACGUGCAAUCUUCGACAAGUAGCAGUAUGACAACCACCGCGAGUUCGAAUCCACUUCAAAGUUUUGACUCCAUAUGGAAUGUGGACCGAGAUAGAGAUCGGUUGGAGACGGCAAUGCUAGAAGAUCUUAAUAAAUUUUAUUGGAAUCAAGACAACGAAAUUAAUGGGACACAUGCAUCUACUGAUACUGCGAUUUCGAAUAAAUUAAUUAGUAAUAAUACUGAUGGGCAGAUAUACACACUGACUGUUCUUAAUCAAGAUAUUAAUGAAUCAAGUACGAACCGCACAUACAAUUGGGGAAAAGAAGAAGAUGUUUCAAUGUCUAGUCCAACAGAUUUGGAACCAAAUUCUUCAUUAGACCUUGAAACAAUAUUGAACAUGAAUGGAUUUCCUAACGAUUUUAGCCAAGACACACUUAGUUCAAAUAUUCUACCAAAAGUAGAAAGUUACAAUUACGAAGAAGGCGAUCCCGAAAAUCCUAUUACAGAAAUAAGUACAAGAAACUUGGUAAAAGUAGAACCUUAUAAUUACGAUGAUAGUGAAUUUAGGAGUAACGAUAAAAAAGAUGACUCAAGCCACGGCACUAUUAUCAGCACGCCAACUUUGUUAGAAGUUGAAUACAAUAACAACAAUAAUGAUUGGAAACUGACAGAUCAAAAUACAGAGUCAAAUGAGUCUUUAUUACGGAGUGCCUUGCAAGGAAAAGCUUUUAUUAGAUAUAGUACAAUACAAAAAAAUACUGUUACCAAGCUUGACGCAGAAACAGAACUAAAAAGGGUUAUCAUAAAUAAUAACAACAAAGCUGAUGUACCGUCUAUGUAUCAAGACAAUAAAGAAACAGAUACUGAAUUAUUAAUGUCGAUGGGUCCACCAAGUGGCAAUGUUAGUAUAUCUAUACUAUUAGAAGAACCUACUGCCGCUGUCGUACCUAAUGGCGAGAAUCCUACAUCAACACAAAGUGUAGACGACAUUAUACUGUCACAGCUGGAUACCAGCUACCCCGACGAUUACGAAAAGUUAAAACGGAUAGCAACAGAAUUAGGUGAAUCGGUUCAACCAUUUUGUACUGUUGAGCCAAUUGAUCCUACGCGUAGUGUGUAUAAUAUACACCAUGUAAAUGGUGAAUUAGUAACAAUGAUUCCUGCUGGAGAGGUUCAGUUACCGCAACACUUACAAAUAGUAACAGCAUCGCCUACUGUUUCUAGCACAAAACCAAUUGGAAAAAAAUACAGUAAACGACCCCCAAAUAAAAAUUCACCGCCAUCGACCCAGGCUCAGUCAGGUACAGCUGUUCAAGCUGCUACAUCCACAUCUAACGGUGUCAGGAAAGAAAGAUCGCUACAUUACUGUUCCAUUUGUUCGAAGGGAUUUAAAGAUAAGUACUCUGUAAAUGUACACGUAAGGACACAUACAGGUGAAAAACCCUUCACUUGUUCUCUCUGUGGAAAAAGUUUUCGACAAAAGGCGCAUCUAGCAAAGCAUUACCAAACUCACAUCGCCCAGAAAAGUGCCGCGGCUAAUGGCGCCUCAAAACCCACCAAACAGCGGUAACUGAAAUGCUCACGCCGUAUUAAUUUUUCCGUUCCAUUGAUAGUCAAUUGAACUUAAUGACUGAUAGCGAGUGUAUUUUUAAAUCAAACACGUAAAGGCUGACAUAUCACAGAUGAAUUUGGUAAGGUGCUAAAUAAAUGAAUAGUUUAAACGUUUAAGAAAAUGAUAUAAGGAAAAGAUUCUCAGCCAUUAUCAUGCUUGUUAAUUUGUAUGUAAUUCCGCCCGUUACCGAUUACUCUUAGCUUUAGCUAGUUUUAGCAAUGUAUGUACAUGUACAAGUAAGUGAUUUUAUAAAAAUAUAUUUAAACUCUACACUCCAUAUAAA